CGAAGAAAAAACAUGUUGGGUGCAAACAUGGCGUCUGUUGUGUAUUGGUGUAUGUCUCGGAACACUCCUCCGAGAAGGUAACAGCGGCGACGUCGCGGUGCUGUGGACGCUAGCCAGGAUCGCAGAGGAGUCCUCGGCGUGGAGGCUGCCGUAAUGGAAUACGACGUGGCGCGCAGGGUGCCGUGUCCCCCCAGGAGGAUGUCCUCGGAGUUUGGCGCUAACGUUAGCUUGCAAGAUGGCGAGCUGAAUAUGGUCCAUCCCACCAGGGAGACCAGGGAGACACCCGGAGGGCCACGGGCUCGGAGGACGCAGAGGAGCAACUCCAUGUCUCAAGUCGUCCACCAACGACACAUGCCCAUGGAACCAGGCAAGUUUCACAUCCCCCGGAAGUCCAAGGAGAAUAAAGCGUUGUUGAAGCACAUCUCCACUGAGUCGCGGGAGUACGAUGAUGUCAUGAGCAUCCUGACCUCCAGCUACAUCGAUAGCGCAUCCGGUGGCUGCUUCACCUACAGCUGCCCCCGCCUGGUCCACAGUGAGCAGCUGGAGAAAGAGUUUGUGGAGAAGAGGAGGGAGAUGAAGGCUGAGGGGAGGACCGAAAAAGAGCUAGAGGAGAGCUACUGCUUCCUCUUGACAGAAGAGGCAAAGGUGCUCUGGCUCUGUGAAAAAGGCCUGACUGUGGGUCACACCUGGCUCUCUCUUCUGGGGGACACAAAUAAAGGAGUGUAUUUGUGCAGGUACUCAGACCUGCUCCAAGUACAUCCGCUCACCCCGGGAGCCAAAGGCGAGCUCCUCAUCUUCAAAGUAAUGAAGGGCAAAGUGAAGAGCAUCUAUGACAUGAAGAAGGUGAUGGAUCCCACGCCUCGCUUUGACAGCCACCUCCCCAAGAACGCCAGCAACGUCACCUCCGUCACUUCCUUUCGCGCCUUUGAGUUCACGCAGCAAUACUUUUACGAGUAUGCGUUUGAUGAACUACGACAGCGACCUCGCCAAGUCUGCCCUUAUGCCGUGGUCUCCAUGCAGUUUCAAGGAAAAGUCUCUCUACUUCCCAGCAUUCCUUUGGCCCCCGUCAGGCAGAACAGCCGACCGUCCGAGGCUAGUCAAGAGGGAACUCACUUCACUGUGUGGAGUGGCGAUUUGGUGCACAGCGAUGAGACCAUCUUCCAGAUCUCCCUCCGUUCUACCGCGCUGCCCUUCCUCCCCCACAAACUACCGGAGAGGCUGGAAAUGCGUUUCUUGAUGAGGCUGGACAAGGUGACAAAGCUCCUCUCAGCACAGCUCUUCUCCUGCAAUCUCUACAGCAGCAGCAAAGAAGUGGUGAGUCAUGACUACCACUGCAGCCUGUUGGAGGCGGUUGACAGAAGUCGCUCGACAAGCGGCGUCACCACACUGCUGCAGGAGCUUGAAGUCAAAAGAUCGGUUCUUGUGACCCCGCUGACCGAGCGAGGCUUCCUCUUCUUGCUGUCCAGUGUCCAGAUGGCCACACCCCCUGAGAGAGAAGAGGGUUGGAAGAGGUGUCUUCAGGCCUUGUUUGUCUUCCCCGAAAGCAGAGAUGUCGCCAAAUCCACAUCCAGCAAUGCGUCCUCCUUUGAUGUUCCAUGUUCACCUGGUGACAAGGUGAUGCCAGGUCUGAAGCACUUCAUCCCGGCCCUGCAUCAUGCCCUCAUCAAGGCCCGUGCCAAUCCUACUGUGGAGCUCUCAGCAGGCGUGGAGCAGCAUGCUCAGGAAUACUUGAUCAGCCAGAAGGAGGGGAAGGUGCGCAUGCACUCCAUGGGUACGUACGACGUAAACGAGGACAAGAGGACAACGCCGUUUCCUGUUCCCAAACACCACCAGCUCAACGUUGAGGGGUACAUGCGCUCCUACCUGCACAGCCCUAACUGCUACCAGCUGUCUGUUGGCCGGGCGAGGAAGAUGGUGGAGGUGCACUGUGCCCACAUUGCGCAACAGAAGGCGAGGACCAAAGAUGUGGCCGGCAGCAAACCUCCCAAGAUGCAGCAGCUGAUGGACAUGGUUUUGACCUGCAAGAGGAAUGCCGAGAAUGAAGUGAGGCGGGAAGAAGGAGGAAAAGUAGGCGAGCUGAAAAGUCCAGCAAAAAAAAGGAGAAUGGAGCAGAAAAUAGCAGAGCGGACGCUUGCAUAUUUGAGGGCGUUGCAGGAGCGGUCAGGAUGGGACAAGGUUCCAGGGGAAGUUGGUCAAGCGUCGCCGCCCCCGGGCUCUCUCCCGUAUGUCAUCCAGUCGCUGGGGCUGAUGGGCGUGGAUUUGCAGGAUGACGGAUCAGAGCUCGCCAUCAGACUUCGCAAGCUGCUGACAGGUCUCAAGCACGCUGCCAGAGGAGUGGCUACUAGAGCUCACAGUGGCGGUACGGAGGAGAUGCAGGGAGAGUCGUCACCCUUUGACAGGCUGGCCGCCAAGCUGGGACUACCGACCAACUGUGACAUCGACCUGAGGAAGCAGGACGAUCUGGAGGAUCAGACAGCAGGCAGUGUGAGCAGUCUGGAGGGAUUCAGUCCCAGCGGGGACACUUAUCACCACGGAGGAGGAGUUUUGGGAAAGAGUACAGGAGGGUAUGAGGAUGAUGAGGAUGAGUGGGAGAUCCCAUGGGUGCUCACUCCAAUUACGGGCCUCUGUUCGGAGAGAUACACCCGCAGGGAAAGAAACCUCCCCGAUGACCCCCGCUUUCACCACGUCGCCAUGGACAGCCAGCCAGACAACCACACCCCAUAUCCUGGGCUCGGGCCUGCUCGGAGCCCCUCACCUGAAUGCAUCCCACCUCCCUCCCCCGAGCCCAGCCCUCCCUUGCGCCUCGAACCCCAUCACCCACUCUCUCCCUCGAGGCGCCCAACAGAGGAACCCUCCCGCCUCGAAUCCCCUGCCGGGGGCGUGUCACAUCGCAUCAGUUCCCUCCCCCUGCCUCCUCUGAGUUGGUCGCCACUGAAGCUCAACGGUCAAAAUAAUACAGAAGAGCCGCGGUUUGCUUCCGCCCCCCCCAGGGAGUGUGCAGGAAGCUCCAAGAGCAAAGAAGAGAUGGACAUCUCGUCCAUUAAACCAUCGAUUCCGCCAUCAUUCGAGAGCCUGACGAGCCCCACGGAGCGAAGGGAGCACAACACAGAAGAAGAAAUAGGAGAAGUUAAGGAGGUACACCUCUCCAUGGAGGGCAACCAAUCCCAUCUGGAUGUUAAACUACAAAAUGAAGACAUAAUGGAUGUGGUUGACUUGACUGAAAGUCCACCUGGGGGGCACGUGAACAGCGAACGUGCGAUGACGCAAGGCCCGCCCAUCUCCUCGCCGCCUGCCCGUUCGCUCGAAGCCAUCAACAAAAUCUUCGACAAACAUCUCCUCCAUUUCUGCUCCGACUUGCAGCUCCUCCUUCAGACGGAGAGCAUUCAAUGCAACCUUCCUCAGACUUCCAGCGCACCACAAACCCCAACACAGAACGCCCUCCCGUUCAUCGUUGUGGCCCCCUUUUCACAGUACGUGUCCCUGUACCACCCUUCCCCGCCGGUCCAGCGCUACGUGACCUCACUCCAGGACGGCAUCAGCAGCAUGUUAAGAGACUAUAACAACGAAGGAACUGAACCCGAGGCUGCUCUGGCAAGCACGGUGAGCGCCUUCGUCUCGAGUAUCAGAGCAGCUAAUACCCGAGGGGACGAGGACGUGUCGGCGUCAGGGGAACCGACACCCCAUAACGUCCACGAUCUCGACACUCAAAGAACAACGUUGUCCAAAGAAAGCGAGGUUCGGUCAUCAGAAACGCCCGGCGGACAGUUUUCUGAUCCGCCAAACCGAAGUCCCCCACCCGGCGACUUCUCUACAGCUGAACCUACCUCUUCUACGGUGGCCGCCCCCCACGCUCAUAGACCCCCUCAGACCACAUCCACUUCACACGUCGACCUGUCUGUACCUCCUAGCACUCAGUUGAUCAGCGUCUCCACGUCCUCGCUGGAGCCUCCUCCGCAAGUUUGCAGACAGGACUCCAGCUCGGAAACCCUUCACCAGGCGUCCGCUCUCAGCUCCGUGAUCAGGCAGCUGAAGCCCGAGUUGUUAAACAACCUAUGCGAGAUCAUCAAGGAUGUCCAGAGGAGCUCCACGCUGCAGUUUUACGUCCACAGCAGCCAGCCUGACGACCAGCUGAGCCAAGACAUCAAGGAAUACCUCUCGGAGCAGGGUCACAUGGAGCAGAAUCCCGUUGCCUUCCUGAAACAGGAAGUCUCAGACUGCAAACUUCUGGUGGUCAUUCUGAACAAAGACAUAGAGGAGCAUAUACACCAGAUCCCAGGCCUGGUCUCGCUCAAACAGCACCAGUCGGUGGCCUUUUUGGGAGUCAACACCGUGGAUGACAUGAGGAACAAUACAUACGAGGAGCUCUUCGUGUGCGGCGGUUGCGUCAUCCCCGAGGACCUCAUCCUCAACCCGGACCUCGUCCCUCCGAAUCAACUGGCUGCACUGCUGACGCUCCUGGAUCAGCGGAAUUCUCCGGAAAAUGUCUGGAGAUGGAUGAUUCAUAGCAAACCCCUCAAGAAACUGAAAGAGCAAGCCAGGUUCAGGCGAGAUGCCGCCAGCUUAUUGGACAUCCUUAUAAGCUACCAGAAGCAACAGAUUGUGGAGUUCCUUCCGCCUCAUCACUGCGACCAGAUGAACCAGCAGUCACCUGACCUGGACUGCCUGAUAAGACAUCAAGCCCAAAACACUCGAUUCCGACACACCAUUUUCCUGACUGUGCAUUGCUUGGACUUCAUGAAGUAUUCCAAAAGUGGUAUCAUAGCAGCUGGUGUGGCGGAGUUGCUGGGCAACUUUAGUGCGCUGCUCGGUCACCAUGACGAUGUGGACAAACAGCCAAUCAAAGAGGACCAGCAGUCAUCCAAAGGUACCUUGGGGCAGCUGCCUCGUGACCACGAUGACAACGUGAACGCCGGCAAUCCGACCGGACGUGUCAGCGAGCAGCCCGAUUCCGCCGUCUCUCACACGCCGGACCAGCUGGUCCCGGAGGCCUCCUUCCAGGACGGCGAGGCCCGGCACUCGGACAAAGAUCUGCACAUGUUACAGAUGGCCAUCUCACAUCUGCGUGCCAAGAGGCAGCAGGAGUGCAUGGACGCCGAGGCCGACAUGGGGGGGUCCCCGGCGGCAAAAAAGCAGGCUCUCUGGAAAAGCGACGACUCCGCCGAGUUUCGCUCGUCUACGCUGACGUCCAGUCAGAACGCAGCUGCUGACCCCGGCGAGGACGCGACCGAAGAAAAACCGGAUCAGUGUGGACGCAUUUCCACGGACGUCGUCUCCAGUUUGGACUCCUGUCCUGUCGAGGGCGACACGUUGAGAGAUGCAUCCAGCAACAAGACAACAUCAAGCGUCACCAUGGUAACACAGCAUCCGCAGAAGAUCAACCCAGGCCCCCGUCACCCUCCGCCGCAUCGCUGCCAGACUCCGUCCCAUUCACAAGCGCCCCCUUACCGCCAGCGGCAGUGGAGCUCCGAGCAGCACCACCACCCUCACAUCCUCCCUUCCCACUUGGACCUGCGAUUGCCGCCAUCAUUCGAGGGUUCUCUGGGGGGAAUGUGGCGCUGUCAGAGACAGCAGACCGGCACAGACUUUGGUGGACUACCAGGGGGGUACCGCUACCCUGCCAGACAGGGUCAUAGCCGGAACUGGGGGUGGCACCGAGGAGGAGGAGGAGGCGGCGGCAGAGGCUUCAAUGGGAUGUAGGAUGCUGGAUUUAUUGCAGACCUCCUGAAGUGACUUCUUCUGCACAAGAUCUCCUGAAUCCAGCAUCGGACCACAGCACUUCUUAAAAUGAACAAGAACAUUGGAGCAUUCCUCUAACGAGCCAGCCAAUAUAUUAGUUUUUAUAAUUGACUUUGAAGGCAGUUUCUGAUUGAUUACCUCAUAAGAAACGAAGAAGAAGCUUUUACGACCUAACCAGACACAGGAAGAGAAGGUGCUUUACUUCAGUCCCUCUCAAACAAAGCCCAGUGUGCAAAAUGGCUGUGUUCUCCAGGUUUGCCUCCAGGGGGGGGGGGGGGGCACGGCGGGGGUGCAGCUCAGGUGCUAAAGAAGAUCUCUCCCGUCCAUUCGGAUCUUCUUUUAAAUGUAACAAAGUGACUACUUUGUGGCUCUAUGCAGCUUCAAGUUCAAGUUCUUGAAUGCACCACUGCCUCGACGGGUUUGUCGGCUCUUGACGUUCUUAAGAUUCGUUUUUUUCGCAGCCACUUUGGUCCUGUUAAUAUUUUGUUGCUAACUUGACUAAAGGCGACACAUAGUUUUUUGUGAGGCGUUCCGUCUUCCAGAGGAUGCCCGCUUGCGUGUUGUAAAAAAUGUUCGUUUGUUUCCUUGGAAGUUGUUUGAGUCUGUUAUCGAUUUUAACUUAAAUAUCAUUUUUCUUUUGUUUUUUUUAAUGUUUUUUUUAUUCUUAUUAAAACGUGACUGAGUAAAGAAGUUAUUUUGUAGUUCGCUGCCACUUUACUAAAAAAUACUUUCUGUACGGUGAAAGCAUUUUUCUUUUUAUAUCAGUUUCCUUAAUUUGGAAAAAAAUCUGAUACAGAUAGCCGAUAAUUAUCAGACAUCCCGAGUGACAUCCCGUAAUUCCCAUGAAUGUGAGAGUGUGGAAUUUUGUGCCAAUGUGCACUAUAUUUUUUAUUUUAAAAAAAAACAUCUACUUUAUUGACAAUUGCAAUAAAUUAAUGGAAAAUGGAGAUAAAGACAUGUGUAGAUCAGGGGUGUCCAAACUUUUUCCCCACUGAUUCGCAUACACAAAAAUUCACCAAUGCACCAAUACUUUGAUGUAUUAAUUAAAUUAACUCAUGAUGUAUUAAAAAUGCUAAAAACCAAUAUAUUUAAAAAAAACAAAAAAACAAGCUGACGGUUAAAAAUCCCCGAGCUGCACUUUGGACACCCCCCUGUGUGUCGUUGUGUUUCCAGUGGUGGCGACUCUGGUGGCGUCCUACGAGUGAUCAUGUUGAACAGAAAAUCACUCUGUCAUGGAUGGCGACAGACGCUUGUCGUCAUGGCGCCUCAAAUCGGUCUCCAGUUGCCUCUGCUUUUGUAGCAAACCCUGCAAAACAAACCCAACAAUGAGCCGCUAUUGCAUGUUGUGUCUUCUCCUGUGUGUGUGUGUUACCUGUCGUAGCUGUGCCAGCCCUUUAAGGAUCUCCUGCUGUCGCUGAGUGUUUCCAGGUCGAAGGUCUUCAUGGGAUGCAUCAGAAGGUAGAGAAACUAAUGGUAAAUAGUGAAAAAAACAUGAUUGUCAGUAAUGCCCCACUAAUAACAUUGUGUGUCUAACUGACCUGUGUGUGGAGGGGGCGUGUUAGCGGGCUCUACGGGGUCCAAAUUGAAGACUUCAUCGGUGCGGAUGUAAGGGAUGAACUCCAGGACAGGCGGCUGAGCUUCCUGUGCGACGGCAGGAACGCUCCCCCUUGGAGCGCUAACAACCGCAGAGACGUUCCGACUGUUGGAGUCCGCCUGCAUCCCGUAAAGAAAAAGACUGAGAUGCCUUGGAGGGGAGCUGGGUGUCCUGAUGAUGGGGAGGCGGGCCACUUCUUGAUUGGCAGUUCCGCUCCUGCAGGGUGAGAAGCUCCUCCUGCCUCUUGAGUCGACUCUCCUGGCGGUUCCUUUGCAGCGUGACCGGGUAGCGUUCUGACGCAGGAACAAAGCGGCGACUGGGUCUGAAGACGACAUGGUAGAA